CAAAAAGUUAUUUUAUUGAAUUUUUCAAAAAACCAUAUGGUUUACCAUUUAAUACAACCUUCCAUUGUUUUUGCAGAUGCCAUUAAAACAGCAUGUGUGGCAUUCCCACGUGAACCUGGCAUUGUGACCGUCUUCCCAGCAUACAAAGCAAAUGAACAACAUCCGCCUUUCAUUGCAGUGCUAGUGAGCAUUGGGUUUUGUGGAGAUAAAAUGACAAAAUAUGAGGGCUUCACCGUCGAAUACUACUCUUGGGACAUGCCAGAUAUGGAGGCUCAGAGGGCCCUGUCCUCCCAAGAAGCUGAAGAGAAUCCAAUUCCACCUGAAAAAUCUGCUGAAAUUGGACAAGUCAUACAAAAUGAGUCUGAAGAUCUUUUUAAUAAGCACAGGAAUCUGACAAUUAUUUCAGCAUCCCCCGUUAAAGUGACGGGAGGUAAAGUUAUAUGCACACCUUGUAUAGUAUUAUAUUGUCGUGCAAAACGUGUGGUACCACUGGGUGAUUCUCUAUUUCCAGAGUCAAUUGAAGGUAUUCCUGUAGAUGUGCGGGAAGGUUUUGUGUCAUUGUCCAUGAAUAACGGUAAUCCACAAAAUCCAGAAGAGGAGCACUUGGGUCAAAAUCCAACUUUUUACAGUGAUCCACUGAGAGUGGGCUGCAGCAUAGGACUGGAAAAUUUGAAGCGUUGUGGUACUUUAGGAAUGUUUGUACUAUGUGAGCAGACAUUAUGUUUUCUCACAUGCUACCAUGUGUUACGAUUUCACAUAGAUGCCCCCUUUAAAAAGGGGGAGAAAGUCUGCCAACCAUCCGAUGUCGAUCAAGAAACAAACAUAAAAUUCCGACAAGAUCUUGCAUCUAGAGACAAAAACAGAGUUUGUGGUGUUGUCAGAGAUUUUCGCUUUGGGAAUUUCAGUAUUCACAAUAAGCCAUACGGCAUUGAUGUAGCCCUUGUUGAAAUCAGGGACAGAGGGACCUAUGGGAUACCUGCAGGAUUAGCUCCACAAACUUUGCGGGAUCUUCACCUGGAAGAAAGUGAAUUAUCUUUUAAUGACGCAUGUCUUGGAUCCGACAAAGACUUAAGUUCCCAUGUUAUGUUCAAAUGUGGCAGGCAAACUGGUCUCACACGGGGAAUGGUCAGGUUCAUAAAUGGUGUGGUUUGUCGACCGGAUAUUGUACAGUAUGAGGCAGAACAAGCAGGUGUGCCCAUUCUUUGUAAUGAACUACUGUCAUCUAUGGUAGAGAUAUGUGGACCUAGAACUGGAGACAAUGACUGUGAUAGUUUUGCUGAACGUGGAGACUCUGGAGCUGCAGUGUUCUAUUUAAAGGACGGGAAACCCCAUAUUGUGGGGAUGGUGGUGGCAAAGACCUCCUAUUCUGCUGCCUUAAUAUCACCCAUUUGGCCAAUAUUCAAAUUGUUUAACAUUGAACUAGCAAGGAUAGAGGAGGAUAUGGGAACUGAGCCAGCAAUGCCUGAAAUGCUGUACACGAGGGGUCGUUCAGAAAACAUGUCGUAAUUUGUAGACCAUGCACUGAACCAUAAUUUAUCAUUAAUUUUGAAAUUGACUGAAUAACCAUAGUUUCAUUAUGAUGAAUAUCGAGUGAUAUGGAAACAUAUCCAAGUUUUUUUGAAAAGUAAAAAUUGUAUUGUCAGUAAGAGGGAUUAUCAGGAUUGUGAAAAGUUAAAUAUCUUGACAGCAUUCUGUACAGUCCAUGAAAGUAGUAAAUAAAUAGCAUGGAGGAAUAUAUGACUUGUAUUUACUACAUGUACCUCGUGUAACAGCAGAAGACAACAACUUUGUCACAGAUAUAUUGAUCCCUCAGUUUUC